CACAAGUCCUUCCUGCAGCAGGACCGGCAAGAUGGCAGCGGACACGCAGGUUUCAGACACACUGAAGAAAUUCGCUGUGAAUGUCACCACAGCCAGUGUGAAAGAGCGCAAGGAGAUAUUCGGGGAGCUGAAACAGUGCAUCAAGGGCAAAGACUUACCAGAGCCUGCCGUUAAAGGAUUAUGCAAGCUCUUCUGUCUCACUCCACACAGAUACCGGGAUGCUGCAUCACGCAGAGAGCUCCUCUCUGUCAUUGCCCAGCUGGCUGACCGUCAGCCUGAUAUCCUGGUGACCAGCCUCCUCCACUGCCUUCUGAACUGUGGCAUCAUCAGCAAAAAUGGAGAGCCCAGCAAAAGCACAGGCUCUGCUGCCUUUAUCGGCUUGUCUUGGACCUGCCUUUUAGUCCCCAGUGUGUUUUCUGCCCCAGAGAAAAAAGAAGGGCCCAUCUGGAAGAAAAUGGUGGAAGUUCAGAGCCUUCUCGUAGCUGAGGUCGUGGGUGGAGCCAAGACCACCGCUCAGAAAUCAAGCUUCAAGAAUCUCAAUCACCUCUGGAAGGAAAACCCUGGGCUGGUUGAUCAGUACAUCAGCACACUGUUGAGUCUGGACCAGAGCCCCACCACUCUGGCCCUGCUUGGGGUGUGUUUAGACUUCUGCACUGCUCAGAAAGACAAAGCCACAAUAGACAAGCAUAAGAGUUCCCUGUUGGACCUGUACAUAAAAUCAGUCCUUAUGAGCAAGACCAAACCACAACAACACAUUUUGGACAAAUGUGGCUCCUUUCUACGUCAUGUGUCCCACUCUGAGUUCAAGGAGCAACUACUCCCGGCACUGCAGAAGACAAUGCUCCGCAGUCCAGAGAAUGCGAUGCAGACUGUUUCCUACCUGCUUUCAGCUGUAACUCUUGACCUCAGUCAAUAUGCCAUGGAUAUCGGAAAGGCCAUUGCAAGCCAACUGAAAGCUAAUAACGCCCAGCUGAUGGAGGAGGCGGUCCAGGCUAUGCAGAACUUGGCCCAGCAGUGCAGUGACCCCUCUGCUGUGCAGGACAUCGUCACUCACCUCUUCAAAAUCCUUGGAGGGUCUGAAGGAAAGCUCACAGUUGUUGCCCAAAAGAUGAAUGUGUUGUCAGGGAUUUCCAGCUGCAGCCAUCAUGCCGUGUCAGGAACAUCCAGCCAGACUCUCAGCUCUACAGUCACUGUGAUGUUCAUCCCUUAUUUACAACAAGAAGUUCACGAGGGGACCUUGGUGCACGCAGUGUCUGUCCUGUCACAGUGGAGCAGUCGUCUCACAGUGGAAGUUCCUGCUGCUCUGCUGGAUUGGUUCAAGAAAGCUUUCACUCUCAAGACCUCCACCUCUCUGGUUCGACACGCUUACCUUCAGGCCAUGCUUGGGGCUUUCAAAGGUGACACUCUGGCCAAAGCCUCAGACCUCAUGCCACUGCUCCUCCAAACAGUGGAGAAGGCUGCGGCACAGAACUCCCAGCAUGCUCUGCUUGCAGAAGGUGUAGCAGCUUCUGUUGUUUUGAGUCGACUAGCACUGCUGGAGUCACAGACAGAGGCAAAGUUCUCCAGCUUCUGGAACCUGAUCUUAGAUGAGAAGAAGCCACUGUUCACCACUGAGAAGUUCCUCUCCCAGGCCAGUGAGGAAACUCUGCUCACAGUGCUGCUGCUCUGUGAAAGGCUCUUCCUGGACCAUGCUCACAGGCUGAACACCAGCAAAUCACAGAUGUAUCAUCACGCCACAGUUGCUGUUCUGCUGUCUCGGAGCUGGCGUGUGAGGAAGCGGGCUCAACAGACAAUCAGGAAGCUUCUCUCCUCUCUGGGUGGAUCCAGUCUUGCCCAUGGCCUUCUGGGAGAACUCCGUGUGGUCAUCAACAAACACAAAGUUUUGCCCCAGGACGUCGUGGUAUCAGAGUCAGGAGAGCUGACUGAGCUGGGUCGCAGCUAUGUCACCCCUCGUGUCCUGCUGGACGCACUUUGUGUUGUUUGCUCCUCUGCCAGCCAAUGGGGCGACCCCACCGAAGCAGAGAAUUUGGCCAUGGAGAUCCUCAUAGUCACUCACCAUCCAUCUAUUGUUGAAGCUCGCCACGGUCUCUGGCCUUUUCUGCUCCAGUCCAUGAACAUUAAGGCAGAAGAAUUCAUAGAAAAGAAUCUGGAAGCUAUUCUGCCACAUCUCUUGGAGGUUAACGCUGACAAUCAGGCGGUAAAGAAUGCAGUCGGUGCCCUCUCCGGCCUCUCCCCCACCAGGCUGUUACCGCGAGUAAUCACUCACAUCACUGAGGGGCUUUCCCGACCUGCUCUUCAUCAGGUAACCAAGGAGGAAUAUGCCAUCAUGCUGACACCUGAGGGGCAAUUGUUUGACGACAGCAUCAUUCAAAGUGCCCAGAAGGAAAGCACCAAGAAGGUCAACAUGAAAAGAGAGAACAAGGCCUACUCCUACAAGGAACAGAUCAUUGAACUGGAGUUACAAGAGGAGCUAAAGAAGAAAAAAGGCAUCAAAGAUGAAUUACAGCUAACCAGCAAGCAGAAGGAAAUGAUGCAACUCCAGCUGGAAAAGGAGGCUGGAAUUCGCAAGAGACUUCAAGGGCUGGAUGUGGAGUUGCAGAGCGUGGUCGGUCUGCUGGAAGCCACUCUGAUAGAGAGACCACCUCAGAUCACCAGCGAGCUCCCCGCUGUCCUCCAGGUCCUAAUGCCCCUGCUGCAGUCCCCUCUGGCUGCUCCACGCAUCAAGCAGGCCUUCUUGGACAUCGGAGUGUGCCUCAUGCCCAAACACUUUCACCAUCUCGCCGUGCUUGUGGGACACGUGACUUUACGGCUGCUGAAGCCAGAGUGUGAUCUGGAUGAGGCUUGGGAACAGGAGGACCUGGACACAGCAGCCCACCGUACCAUACUGCUACUGCACAACUACACGGUCCCUCAGAGAGAUGCCAAGACUGCUGAUGUGGCUCCUCUGUCUGCUCCUGCUUUUUCCUUCUGCUUCCCUCUCCUCAACGCCAUGCUCAGGGAGUCUUCAGGCAGCACCGAGGAGACUGAGAACAUGAUGACCAGAGCAUUGCAAGUCAUCCUAGAACACUCCCAGCUUCGUGCUGCCACAGACAGCGAUGACCUUAUUAUAGAUGAGAAUGGCCCAGAGCUGCUUCCACGUGUCAACAUGCUGCUGCUAUUGACAAGAGUUAUUUCCACGGCCACCCCAAGACUCCAGGUGUUGGCAUCUCAGUGUCUGACAGCGCUGUGUGCCAGUGCUGGAGGGGGAGAGGGCUGCACUGUAGCAGAGCAGCCAGAGAUAGACGUCCUGCUCAGUGCCCUCCUUUCACCCUGCUUCUCUGUCCGGGACGCUGCCCUCAGGGGAUUGUUGGAGAUGGAGUUUGCCCUGCCCACAGAUUCCACAGAGGCCAGCGGGCUGAGUUUGCUGCGCAGGCUAUGGGUUGCCAAAUUUGAUGUUGAGGAGGAGGGCCGAGCCUUGUCUGAAAAACUCUGGGAAUCACUGGAUCUGGAGUUGGUCCCUGAGAUCUGCUCCCUGCUGAUUGGAGAUGUCACCCACCAUGAGGAGGCUGUCCGUUCUGCCGCAGCAGAAGCUCUGUCAACCGCUGUGUCCCAGUACAGAGACCAGUCUGCUGCCGUGUUGGGCCAGCUCACUGAACUCUACCACCAGAAACUCUAUAGACCACCUCCUGUGCUGGAUGCCCUAGGCAGAGUCAUCUCUGAAGCUCCACCUGACCAGUGGGAGGCCAGGGGUGGCAUUGCUCUGGCUCUGAACAAGCUGUCCCAGUACCUGGAUGAGUCUCAGGUCACCCCUCUCUUCCUCUUCUUUGUUCCUGAUGCUCUGAACGACCGCCAUACUGAGGUGCGGCGCUGCAUGCUGGACGCUGCCCUCUCUGCGCUCAACACACACGGGAAGGACAAUGUGAGCUCCCUGCUGCCAGUGUUUGAGGAAUUUCUGAAGAAUGCCCCCCAGGACGCCAGCUAUGACUCUGUCCGUCAGAGUGUGGUGAUUCUAAUGGGCUCCUUGGCAAAACAUCUGGACAAAAAUGACCCCAAGGUCAAACCCAUUGUGGCCAAGCUCAUCACCGCACUCUCUACACCUUCACAGCAGGUCCAGGAGUCUGUGGCCAGCUGUUUACCUCCUUUAGUCCCUGCCAUCAAGGAGGAUGCUGCAGGGAUUGUAAGGAAUCUGCUGCAGCUGCUGCUAGAGAGCGACAAGUAUGCAGAGAGGAAGGGAGCAGCGUACGGAUUGGCUGGUCUGGUGAAAGGUCUCGGCAUCCUUGCGCUCAAACAGCAGGACAUCAUGACCACGCUGACUGAUGCCAUCCAGGACAAGAAAAACUUCAGACGGAGGGAAGGAGCACUGUUUGCUUUUGAGAUGCUGUGUAACAUGUUGGGGAAGCUGUUUGAGCCAUAUGUGGUCCAUGUGCUGCCACACCUGUUGCUCUGCUUUGGAGAUGGAAACCAGUAUGUCAGAGAGGCUGCAGAUGACUGUGCCAAGGCUGUGAUGAGGAACCUGAGUGCCCACGGGGUGAAGCUGGUUCUUCCCUCCUUGCUAGUGGCCCUAGAGGAGGAGUCCUGGAGAACUAAAGCAGGCUCGGUAGAGUUGCUGGGUGCCAUGGCUUUCUGUGCACCCAAGCAGUUGUCCUCCUGCCUGCCCAGCAUCGUGCCCAAGCUGACUGAGGUGCUGACCGACUCCCACGUGAAGGUGCAGAAGGCUGGCCAGCAGGCCCUCCGCCAGAUCGGCUCUGUCAUCCGCAACCCUGAAAUCCUGGCCAUUACGCCCAUUCUACUGGAUGCUCUCACUGAUCCGUCCAGGAGGACCCAGACGUGCCUGCAGACGCUCUUGGACACCAAGUUUGUACACUUCAUUGACGCCCCCUCCCUUGCCCUCAUCAUGCCCAUUGUCCAGAGAGCCUUCCAGGAUCGCUCUACUGACACUCGCAAGAUGGCCGCUCAGAUCAUUGGCAACAUGUACUCCCUCACUGAUCAGAAGGAUCUGUCACCCUACCUGCCUAGUGUUAUUCCUGGACUGAAGGCCUCUCUGCUGGACCCGGUGCCUGAGGUACGCACAGUCUCAGCUAAGGCCCUGGGUGCCAUGGUGAAGGGGAUGGGUGAGUCCUGCUUUGACGACCUUCUGCCGUGGCUCAUGGAGACCCUGGCCUCUGAGCAGAGCUCUGUAGAUCGCUCUGGAGCUGCACAAGGUCUGGCUGAGGUGAUGGCUGGACUGGGAGUGGAGAAGUUGGACAAGCUCAUGCCAGAUGUGGUGCAAACAGCCAGCAAAGUGGACAUCGCCUCCCACGUCCGAGAUGGCUACAUCAUGAUGUUCAUCUACCUGCCACUCACAUUUGGAGACAAGUUUACUCCUUAUGUUGGGCCCAUCAUCCCCUGCAUCCUCAAGGCUCUGGCUGAUGAGAAUGAAUAUGUGAGAGACACAGCCCUGAGAGCCGGUCAGAGAAUCAUCAGCAUGUAUGCUGAGACUGCCAUCGCUCUGCUGCUUCCUGAGCUGGAACAGGGCCUGUUUGACGACUUGUGGAGAAUCAGGUUCAGCUCUGUGCAGCUGCUUGGAGAUCUGUUGUUCCAUAUCUCUGGAGUGACAGGAAAGAUGACCACAGAAACUGCCUGCGAGGAUGACAACUUUGGAACAGCUGCAUCCAAUAAAGCUAUCAUUGGAGCUCUUGGUGCUGAGCGCCGUAAUCGCGUCCUCUCUGGUCUCUAUAUGGGCCGUUCAGACACUCAGCUGGUAGUUCGCCAGGCUUCCCUCCAUGUGUGGAAGAUCGUGGUGUCCAACACCCCCAGAACUCUUCGAGAGAUCCUUCCGACCCUCUUCACUCUCCUGCUGGGCUUCUUGGCCUCCACCUGUCCUGACAAGAGAACGAUCGCUGCUCGAACACUUGGUGACCUGGUGAGGAAACUGGGAGAGAAGAUUCUCCCUGAGAUUAUUCCCAUCCUGGAGGAGGGACUGCGCUCUGACAAGAGUGAUGAGAGGCAGGGAGUCUGCAUUGGCCUCAGUGAGAUCAUGAAGUCCACCAGCAAAGAUGCGGUGCUUGUCUUCUCUGAGUCGCUGGUCCCCACAGUGAGGAAGGCUCUCUGUGACCCUCUGGAGGAGGUGCGAGAGGCUGCAGCCAAAACCUUCGAGCAGCUUCACGCGACCAUUGGUCACCAGGCGCUGGAUGACAUCCUGCCUACCCUGCUCAAACAGCUGGAUGACGAAGAGACAGCUGAGUUUGCUUUGGACGGCCUGAAGCAAGUCAUGGCAGUGAAGAGUCGCUCUGUGCUGCCCUAUUUGGUUCCAAAGCUGACUGCUCCUCCCGUGAACACCCGUGUACUGGCCUUCCUGUCUGCUGUGGCUGGAGACGCUCUCACACGCCACCUAGGGGUCAUCCUGCCUGCCCUUCUCUCCUCCCUCAAAGAAAAGCUGGGAACAGAGGAUGAAGCAACGGAGUUGUGCAGCUGUCAAACAGUGAUCCUCUCAGUGGAGGAUGAAGUUGGCCAGCGAAUCAUCAUAGAUGACCUGCUGGAGGCCACACGAGGUGCUGACCCCGGCCUCAGACAGGCUGCUGUCACCAUCCUCAAUGCUUACUUUGCGCGUACCCGCCUGGAUUACAGUGCCCAUACCCGUACCUUGCUGUCUGGCCUCAUCCGCCUUCUCAAUGACACCAACCCAGAGGUUCUGUCUCAGAGCUGGGACACCAUCAACUCCAUUACCAAGAAACUGGACGCAAGCAGCCAGCUGGCUAUGAUCGAUGACCUGCAUCGAGACAUUAGAUCAGCAGCUGCAGACGUUAAGGGUCAGCACCUGCCUGGUUUCUGUCUGCCAAAGAAGGGCGUGACCUGUAUUCUGCCUGUCCUGAGAGAGGGCGUCCUCACUGGUAGCCCUGAGCAGAAAGAAGAAGCUGCUAAAGCUCUAGGUGGGGUCAUCAAACUGACUUCCCCUGAGGCACUUCGGCCCUCUGUCGUCAACAUCACCGGACCUCUCAUCCGUAUCUUGGGAGACCGCUUUGCCUGGACGGUGAAGACCGCUCUGCUUGAGACUCUCACCCUGCUGCUGGCAAAGGUGGGCAUUGCCCUAAAGCCCUUCCUGCCUCAGCUGCAGACAACCUUCCUAAAGGCCCUGCAGGACUCGAGCCGUGCGGUGAGGCUUAGGGCUGCUGAGGCUCUGGGCCAACUGGUUUCCAUCCACACCAAGGUGGACCCACUCUUCACUGAGCAGCUCUCUGCCAUCCGCAACGCUGAGGACUCAGGAGUCAGGGAGACGAUGCUCCAAGCCUUAAGGUUUGUCAUUCAGGGGGCCGGGUCAAAGGUGGACCCAACCAUCCGCAAGAACAUCACCACCACGUUACUAGGCAUGCUGGGACAUGAUGAGGAUGCAACCCGUAUGGCCUCAGCCGGCUGCGUUGGUGAGCUGUGUGCCUUCCUGUCAGAGGAGGAGCUGAAGACUGUGUUACUGCAGCAUGUCUUGGCGGAUGUGUCUGGUGUUGACUGGAUGGUGCGUCACGGUCGUAGCUUGGCCAUGGCCAUAGCUGUCAAGUCUGCUCCUGAGAAGCUGUGUGGGAAGGAAUACUGUGAUACUGUGACAGAGACUAUUCUGGCCAAUGCCACUGCUGACAGGAUUCCCAUUGCCACCAGUGGGAUCAGAGCGAUGGGAUUCUUGAUGAGACAUCACCUCAGAACACAGGGAGGCAGUAGUGUUUCCCAGCGCAUCAUCACACAGUUUAUCAAGUGUCUUCAGAACCAGUCCAGUGACAUCAGGCUGGUGUCAGAGCGGGUGCUGUGGUGGGUGUUCAAAGAACCGGAAACACCCUCCAUGGAGGCCAAUCUCAUCAAGCCCCUAUUGAAGAGUCUGCUGGACAACACCAAGGACAAGAACACCAGCGUGAGGGCUCAGAGUGAACACACCAUUGUCAACCUGCUACGACUCCGACAGGGAGAGGAAACUAUGCAGAGUAUUACUGCAAUUCUGGACUCUGCCAGCAACGACCUACUGUCAGAGUGUCACCGCCGGUCUUUGAAGAAAAUCGCCAGCCUGCAAGACUCCAAUGAAGAGAUAGAUGACACCAUCCUAACGUGAUGGAGCAGGACUGAGCUAUGAAAUGAUCUGUGCUCUGCAGAUCCCCAUUGUACAACCCCAGACACACUCACCACACAUGCCCAUGGUGCCUUUCAUGGACCAAGGCUGAGAUGGGUCGUGUUUUCCCAAAUAUUCCCCUAAAAAUUCUUUUUUUCCUUUCUUUUCUCUUUGCUUUAUUGUUUUAGCGGCAUUUAAGCCCAGUUUAUAACUUUUUUUUAUUUUAUCUCAGUGUGCAGGUUAUUCUCCUGUACUGAAGUACAUUAGGACGACACAAUGCCAAUUCUGUUUUGAUGUUUCAGUGUUUUGCUACUUAUUUUACCAAAAUGAUUUCAAGCAUUUAAGACAUCGCUGUGAUUAAACAACACCCCAGUCUUUAACUUU